UCCAAAGGGGAUUCUGUUGUCAACACCAUGGGCAACCAGGACGGCAAGCUCAAGAAAGGAGGCACCACAGGGGACAGCAGCGACGGCAAUUUGGAUAAUGGAGGACUCUGUGAUGCCGACGGCAGCACAAAGAAGGGAUUUUACGGGAAGAAGCAUCAUGGCAAGCACAGCAAAGGAGACACGGGCAAACGGAAGAACAAGUCCGAGUCCAAAUCGUCUGUGUUUUCAAACAUUCGCAAGCGCAAGAACCUCAAAAAGGGUCUGUCGGCGAGCUCGAAAGAGGAUAUAUUGGAUUCGCAGGAUGAGUUGGACAGUGUUCAGUCACUGCGCAACAAAACCCCCAAGCUCAGUCUGUCUGGCGAUGAGGUAGUGCAGGGUGAUGCGGACGCCGAGCCACCAUGUCCGCCACCUAAUGAGAGCCACCCGUCGGCGGCUCCUGAGAAGGAGGCAGAGCCGCAAAGAGGCAGCUCGGGCUCUGACACAGACAUCUACAGCUUCCACUCUGCAACCGAGCAAGAGGACUUGCUCGCAGACAUCCAGCAAGCCAUUAGGCUCCAGCAGCAGGGGGGAAUUAUUUCCAGCGCGGAAGACGUGCUCAGAUGGACUAGCAACACCACCACCACAGAUCUGAAAAGGACCACCGCCACUAAGUCGAAGGCUGCAACCCCCACCUCUGAGACAGGGGCUCCCUUUCCACUCAGAGCGGAAGAGGGGCUGUCAGCCACGGUGGAUUUGCCUUCUUUAGUCAGAGCGGAGAAGCAGCGUGGGGAGGAGGGGCGGCCAUGUGUAGCCAGUAACGGUGUUGUGAAUGGUAAGCUAAGCAGCUCUGAGAGCCUUUGUGCCUCUCCUCCUCCUGUACCAGUGGCAGCUGCUCCACUCCCCCAGGGGACAAAAGAGGGAGAGAGCAGCGUGUGCGUUGAGGAGGAGAAGGAGGAGGAGGAUGGGGAGGAUGUGACUUCAUUUCCACCCCCUAGCACCACCACCGUGGUCAGCGUAGAGAGGGGAGUUGACGGCACGGUUGCCACGACAACUAGCAUCACCAGUUUCCCCGACCUCACUGCCUCGUUUGAGAGUGCCGUGGAGGCUAUAGAGGAGGCUGAGGAGGAGAAAGAAACCGAGCCCGAUAGCCCGAGCUUUAGCCACGGGCACAGUGAAGACAAUUUGAUCAGCGAGGAGGCCAGCAGUCAGAGCCAUGAACACACCAUCUUGGUGGAGGAGGAGAAUGUUAUUGUGGAAAGCAGCACUCCUCUGCCUGUGCCAGAGGACCUUGACUCAAACAUACUGGAGGCAGAAGACCUUGACUCAAACAUACUGGAGGCAGAGGACCUUGACUCAAACAUACUGGAGGCAGAGGACCUUGACUCAGACAUAGGCCUCCAGUUCACAAGCUGUACCCCUGAGGAGGAUGGGAUACCGAGAGUUGAGUCGCCGGCAUUCAAGAGGCGGAAAAGCGUAGUUAGUAGAGAUUCCCCUUGGUUCCAGGAGUCUGAUCUGGCCACACAGGUGCUAAGGUCUACCCUUGUUUCCCCCACUGUCUCUAGCGCACAGGUCAAGCAUCCUCCCAUACACCCCUACUACAUCAAGACAACCACACGCCAGCUCAGUGGCUCCUCUGGCUGCUCCCCUACCCCGUCGCCAACCCACAGUCCCCUGCUUUCCAGGCGAAACCAAGAGGAGAGGGUCCGAGAAAAGUACCAUCUGAAGCGUAAACGCGCCCAGACCAUCAUCGGCCCUCUGAGCCGCUCCGCAGACUGGACCGAAGAGCUGCGGAAUUCUCCGAUGGCCCCGAAAGCUGGAUCCGCUGACUACUUGGAAUAUAACGGUCUGGAGGAGCGCGUGCAUGGCGGCAGCCAACCUCUGUGCAGCACAGCCCGCCGGCCCUCCUAUGGACAGCCGUGCGCCAUGCAUGAUGUCUUCACUGGCCGCACCCUCCUGGAAAAGUUCUUCCAGCAGCAGGAGGACGCUCCACCUGAGGAGGCUGAGAAGAUCUGCUCCCGGAUCCUGGCCAUGGGAAUCCUGCUACCGUUUGGAGACUGUUUCCGCGAACAGUACAGCAGUGAAACCUCUCCAAUCAACUCAAGGUUUAAUCAAGAUCAACUGUAUACCUGGGCCGCUGUCAGCCAGCCGCCCCAUUCACUGGAGAGUCUUGAAGGCCGGCUGCCAGGACACAUAAAAGCACUUUGGUCUCCACACAGAGAGGCAGCAGAGAAACCAGGACAGAGGAGCACAGAUACAGAUCACCAGCAGGACCUCAACGUGCCAACUCCACAGCAAAAGGAAGACACCCAGGAAUUACAGGAGGACUCAGUGUUGAAAACCAUGCAUCUGAAAAAGGAACACGUGAAUGUAAUUCAGCAGCUGGAGCAGACUAUUGAGGACCUGCGAACCAAAAUAGCGGAGCUGGAGAAACAGUAUCCCUUGCUGGACAAAGACAUCAGCACAAAAGACCAAGAAUGUGGCAGCGAGGGAGAGCUUUUUAGGGACAUGUGUGACGUUGACCUGCAGACGGAGGAUGGCGGCCUGCUCAACGCUUGUCUCGAGGCCAAAUCGGUACAGACGUCUCCCCUGGAGGAGGGCUUAAAGUUUACAGUGCCUUCAGACUCCUCGCUUACUACUGUACCCCCUCACCUGGCUGCCACGGGGGCUGCCUCAGUGGUGCCCUCCGAUCAAACCAACGCCGCCCUUCUGCCAUCCUCACUCCAGUCCGAAUCAGCCAUCUUGUGCACGUGCCAGCAAUCGCAGAAACAAAAUGACUCACUGCAAUCUACUGAAGCACCACCACCCUCGGAGGCUCUUGGACCUCCUCCAGCUCUGUCAGGACAGCCUCCACCUCCACCUCCACCACCCCCACCGUUACCAGGAUGUGGUCAGCCCCCUCCACCACCACCACCACCCCCCUUACCUGGAAUGCAGCAGCCACCACCACCCCCACCAUUACCUGGGCUCUGUCACCCUCCACCUCCACCACCUCCACCCUUACCUGGGAUGGCACAGCCUCCACCCACUCCGCCCUUACCAGGGUUUGGACAGCCUCCCCCACCCCCACCCCCACCCAUGCCUGGAAUGGGACCGCCACCGCCUCCACCACCGCCACCAUUACCAGGACUGGGACCGCCACCGCCACCGCCUCCCCCUCCCCCUCCCCCAGGGCCAUCAGGUGUGGGACAGCCUUUCCCGCAGCUUCCCCCGGGGUUGUGUAAUCCAGCUUUAUCAUUUGGUCUGGGAGCUCUCCCUCCACCAUUGCCUCCAGGGAUGUAUGCCCUGGCCAUGCAACAGGAGAAGGCGCCGCGCAAGGAACCCGUGGAACCACCGCGGCCCAUGAAGCCUCUGUACUGGACAAAGAUACAGCUUCACGACAAAAAGGACACAAAAUCUUCUGUGGUGUGGGAGAUGGUGGAGGAACCACAGGUGGACUUUGAUGAAUUUGUGGAACUCUUCUCGAAAAGUGCUGUGAAGGAGAAGAAGAAACCGCUUUCAGACACCAUCACUAAAAUCAAAACUAAGCAAGUGGUUAAGCUUUUGAACAACAAGCGUUCUCAAGCAGUUGGCAUUCUGAUGUCCAGUCUCCACCUCGACAUGAAGGACAUUCAACAUGCAAUAUUGAAUGUGGACAACACUGUUGUGGACUUGGAGACUCUGCAAGCGCUUUAUGAAAACAGAGCACAACAGGAUGAGAUGGACAAAAUUGAGAAGCAUAUGAAGUCAUCUAAAGGAAAAGACAGUGCCAAACCUUUGGACAAGCCAGAACAAUUUCUCUACCAGUUGUACCAAAUUCCAAGUUUCUCGGGGAGAGUGUUUUGCAUCAUCUUUCAGUCAACAUUUACUGAAACCUUAUCUUCAAUUCACCGCAAACUGGAGAUCUUGAAGAGAGUGUGCUUAAAUCUUCAAAGUGGUGAUGGGGUAAUGAAGAUUUUGGGUCUUGUGUUAACGUUUGGGAACUUCAUGAAUGGAGGAAACAGGACCCGAGGGCAAGCAGAUGGUUUCACCCUUGACAUUCUACCCAAACUAAAGGAUGUGAAACAAAGUGACAAUACAGGGAGCCUUCUUUCCUACAUUGUGGCUUACUAUCUGCGUCACUGUGAUGAGGAUGCCAACAAAGAGACACGUGUGUAUCCAAUUCCGGAGCCCCAAGACCUCUUUCAGGCUUCCCAGAUGAAAUUUGAAGACUUUCAGAGGGAUCUUACCAAGUUAAGGAGGGACCUCACGGCUUGUACAAAACAGGUGGAGAUGGUCUGUAAAAGUUCUUCUGAAGAACAUCUUCAACCCUUCAAGGACAAAAUGGAAGAAUUCCUGACCAAUGGAGGGAACGACUUGGGGGCUCAAGAGGCACAGUUUGCAGAAACUCAUAAGAUAUUCCUGGAUUUAACUGCCUACUUUUUGGUGAAGCCCAAAAUGGGGGAGAAGGAGGUGUCACCCAAUGCCUUCUUCUCAGUCUGGCACGAGUUCUCAACUGACUUCAAGGACCAGUGGAAAAAAGAGACCAAAGUCAUGCUCAAGGAAAAAGUGAAAGCUGCAGAGGAGUAUUUUAAACAGGUGAAGGAGAAAGCAACUUACAGUGUCAAACCAAAACGGGAAUCGGGAAUGAAAGCCAGAAUAGGAAAGUAGAUGAUAUAGAAAAAUAAAAGUGGGUAUGGACUAUUAAUCCACUUGCUAUUCAUGUCAGAUGGAUGCCAUACAUGCAAUUUAGACAUAUCAAGGUUCCUUAUGUGAAAUUAAACAAUACUCAGUCACACAUCAAGCUCACAACAUAUUUUCAGAAUUUCCAUUUGUCACUUAAACCUAGCAUGAAAACAUUGUACAAUCUGUAAGCUUUCUCUUGAAUUGUUUUAAGUUUAUGUACAGUUUGAAAUUCAAUAUGAAGCAAUAUUAAGUCUGUAUGUGUGUUAAGAUGUGCGCAGGUGUGUGUGUGUGCGUGCGUGAGACAGAGAGAAAGAGAGAAGAAUGAAAGAAAAAUGAAUGAUGAUGAGUUCACAAAAGAAUUCUUACUUUGAAUGUUGUAUGUCUUCAGCACUUCAUUGAUUGAAUCUCAAGGUUUUUAAAAGAUUAUAUGUAAUCUGAUUAAAGAAUUCACCACAUUCACAACAUAACUCCUGUAUGUAUGGCGCUUUGGUCAGUGAAAAAAAAUGCAUAUUUAUCUCUACAUCAGCUGUCAAAUGAACCAAAACCCAUGUACUUGUAAACUGGCUCUCACCAGAUGUGUGUGUUUCCACACAGCUCUGCAAGUUCCAUUCACAGAUCUGGGAUGAAUUCCCUAUUUUGGUAAGGUUAGCUGGCCUGGAAGUUGACAAACGAAUCAGGAUCGCCGGGCAGGGAGGAGUCAUGCAUUGAUCCUACAUUUUCAACUGUAUACAUAGAUAGGUUUUCCCCGUUUAAAACAUUUGCGCUGUGAGAAAGGGCAAGCUGUGUAAGCAAGAAGCUAAGCAGCCGAUCAUGCGAGCGCAUUUUAUUUUUGAGUUACAGCUGUUUCCAAACAAUCAGAGGUUGUAGAGGGAUCCUCAGCUGUGCAUAAAGACAAAUGUUUGUAAACGGGGAAACUGUGUAUGUUGUCAAAUCUGUUAACUAGCACAUCAGAGAAGGGUUUUUUUUUCAACCAGGAUUUUUGCUUAAACCACACCUUCAGACAGUGAAGCUGCUCCUCCGAAUGAAUGUGUGUGGAGGCAAGCGGAGCAGCCUCCAUCUGGCAAGAGUCAGGUUAAUGCACUUGCAUCUAAAAAUAGAAAUGAAGCGUUCCUUAGAUACCUGAAACUGUAUUAGUGUCUUUGAAGAUCUUUACUUUCUAAGUUACUGCCAGUUUUACACGGUGAGGGAAUGUUUUAUUUUAUUUAUUUUUUGCUGUUGUUGUUGUUUGGGGUUUUUUUAGGUUGGGGGGGGGGGGGCUGUUUUUUGAGAGAUGGCAGGAAAUUAAGAAUUGGACUAGGGUUGGGAAAUGAAACAGGCUGAGCUCAAACCUGGGUCUGGCCCAUGGGCAUGCAGUCGAUCCCAAUUUUAUUCCUGCAUUUUGCUCGUUUUAGACCUUCAGGAGACAAUGAGUUUGUGCUCAGCAUAGACUGGUGUUUUUGUCCUUAGUGACGCAGGUAGAGUGUAGACACACUUUCUCAAAAGUCAAUGACUGUAUGAAUAAAUUUGAAAACGGUCUUAACAGUAGGCCACUAAAAUCUGUGAAGUCAUUUUGGACCUCCUUUUCAGAGCACACACCCCUCCCAUGUGAGAAUGUACACUGUUUUUUAUUUUACUUUUUAAAAAAUCUGCAAUGUGUUUUUUAAUUAUUCUUUCUACUUUCCAUGGUAAUAAUAAUACACAACUUCCAGACAUAUUUGAGAAAUGCUUCAAGUGUAUGGGCUUUGGUUUAAUUGACAUGUAUGAAUGUGGUGACCUUACAAGUCAAGGUUGAUAUUGCUUAGAUGAUGCUCACAACUGAUUGUGUUGAAUACCUGUAUUACAGCUGAAAUAUGUCAAAACUGUACAUUUCAGCAAGCACACAGCCUUGCUUUUUGUUUUUUUUUCCAUUGGCCAUCAUGCCUGAUUUUUUUUCUCGCUGAUAAUGUGUGUCAAAAUCAUAGACAAUGUAAUGUACAGAACACAUUGUGUUAUACUUGUGGUUUUUCCGGCAUGUUUUUGCGGUCAACACUUGUUGCUCAUUUUAUUGUUAAAAUAAUCUUGGCGUUAUUCCAUGUUCAGUAAUGUUUGUACAUUUAUUUUUGAUUUGAGAACAAAUAUAUAUAUGUAAAAUAAAAGAAAUAAUAUAAAUGA